AUGCCUCUCGUAGUCCCAGGCCUCAACUCCACCGGCAACAAGACCGAGGAGUGGACCAACCACCUUGUGGGCAAGAAGAUUGGUGACACUUCAGACCACAUUACCUUUGCGAAGAAGGACCUCCCUGAAAGCCACCGCAUCGUCAAGGAAGGCGACAUCGUGACGGCCGACCACGUCCCAGACCGCCUGAACAUCCACGUGGCCGACGACGGUACCGUCAAGAAGGUCACCCACGGCUAA